AUGCAGAGUGCUUUCUGGAGUGCGGGCUGGCUCGCAGAAAACACUGUAGCUGAUAUGCAGAUGUGGGUGAGCGGGAGGGUUGGCACGCCGAUUACUGUAGCUGAUACGCAGAGACGUGCAGGCUGGCACGCAGAUUACUGUAGCUGGUAUGCAGAUGUGGGGGCUGAUUGGACUCUAGGUAGUUAUCCUUAUCAUGAAGCACUUGAGAGGAUGACAAAGAAUGAUGUCAAGUACCGAUUUAUGAUCAACAUUGAAAACUCCCUCAAGCGACAUAGAGGACUACCAAGGAAUGGUGGCAGCAAUCAAUUAAAUAUUCUUCAGAAUUCAGUUAUAAUGCUAAAAAAAUGA